AUGGAGGUCUCCAAAAAACGUGUAAGACUUGCGACAGCACGGCGCAGAGUCUUGACCCGAAUCCGGCUGUAUUUUCGCUUGUCGGUCAAGCGCCAGUCAGCCCUUGUCCUCAUGCUAGUCGCAGCAUACCUUGUCUUCGUACACCACGAGUAUCGCGAGGCUCUGAGAGACAAAUAUCGCCCGACGGCGUUCAGUAGUGAUGUUCUGCGAAAUUCGACAGCGCAAUGGAAAUUUGCAUCAAAAGAUCAUUCCCAAGACCCGGAUCACCUCUGGGAGAAUCGGGCCAAAUGGAAACCACUGGGCUCCGGAUACGAGGGAGAAACCUUCAUCUAUGACAACGCAGUCGUCAAGACCUUCACUAUGCGGAGUCCGCUGCGCAACUGUGUGCCAGACACAAAUCCAAGCUUGCGUUGGCCAACCGAGAUACCUGCGUCGCUACUGCUCGGAAACGUGUCCAUGGUAGCAGAAGAUGAAAAUGCCGAUGCGUUGGGUUUCGUUUCGAUCAAGGACUAUUUCCUUGCUGGAGCCGGAUCUUCUGCUCAGUGGCAUCUUGUUACCCCGUUCUUCGAAGCCGGCAAUCUGGAAAAAUCAGCAGGCAGACUUCGCGCUGAAGGCGUCAACUACCGGGACCUCGAUGCUCGGUUUCGUCCAUCAUUCAACCGACUUCUCACGGCCCUGGACAGGAUGCACACGAGCCAGAACCUUUGCCACGAUGACAUUAAACCAGACAAUAUCUUCGUCAGCUUCUCCGACGAGUCAUAUGAGGCAGACACGCACUGGGUAUUUGCGGAUCUAGGGAAUGCCCGACAGCCCUCACACCCGUACCACUCGUCUCGGUUAUGGAGCACGGCCAAUGGCCAACGUCCCGACUGCCGCGUGAACGACGUCGUGCGCCUCGCAAAAUCGUACGUCCUCUUUUUACGGCAGGCUUCUGCGAGAAUUUCUAAAGAAGAAAUACCCGGACUCGCUCCAUUCGAUGAAGCCUUCUUCGCCGGUCAGGAGCCGUGGAGCCGGCUGUACUGGUCCAUUAUUGACGACCGGCUCCUCACUUCGACGGCUGCCGCUGCUAAAUUUGCAUUCACAGGAGCCGCAAGGGAUGACAGGGUCAAGAUACCCAGCAGGCUUUGGUCUAGGACGUUCGGUUCUGAUCUCUACGGGGGCAGCAGGCAGGGAAUUGUCCAAAGGGAUCAGCGGCAGUGA